UAACCCAAGCCCGUUCCAUUUUCCGUCUUCUGCUUCUUCUCUCCCACAUUCUACAUAUUCGUUAGAUAUAAAUACAUGAGCAAAGCUCAAGUUUUAGAAAGGCAUAGAAUCGAAAGGCAAGCACAAAGGUGUUUAUGAGAGCUAUAAAACACAAGCUACUUUUCAAUCCAAAGCCAGCAACAAUCAGAGCCAACGAUAUCAGAGCCCCUGCCUUCAUCAGAAAUAUCAUGUCUGAAUCAGAUCAAGCCCCUGCUUUUAACAGACCAAGAUUGGUGACCAAGAAGGUUCCAGCCAAACUUCAACAUGAAGGUGAUGGUGCUGUUGUUAGGAGAGGCAUUGGGAGGAGUGAAUUGAAGUCUUUGGAUCCUUUUCUGAUGUUAGAUGAUUUUUCAGUGGCUCCUCCUGCUGGAUUUCCUGAUCAUCCACACAGAGGUUUUGAGACUGUCACAUACAUGUUACAGGGAGGCAUGACUCAUCAAGAUUUUGCAGGCCAUAAGGGUACAAUUCGCCCGGGUGAUGUGCAGUGGAUGACAGCAGGCAGAGGAAUAAUCCACUCUGAAAUGCCUGCAGGAGAUGGAACAACUUCAAAGGGUUUACAGCUUUGGAUCAAUUUAUCCUCCAAAGACAAAAUGAUUGAACCAAGGUACCAAGAGCUUUUAAAGGAGGACAUAAAAAGGGCAGAGAGUGAUGGGGUGGAGGUCCGAGUUAUAGCAGGAGAAUCAAUGGGAGUCCGAUCCCCAGUUUUCACCAGAACUCCAGCAAUGUAUCUAGACUUCACUCUAAAACCCAGAGCUCAACUGCACCAGAAUAUCCCAGAAGCAUGGAAUUCCUUUGUGUAUGUAAUUGAAGGGGAAGGGGUGUUUGGCUCCCCCAACUCAUCAUCUGCAGCAGCCCACCAUGUCCUGGUUCUGAGUCCUGGAGAUGGUCUGAGUGUGUGGAACAGGUCUUCGAAGACUUUGAGGUUUGUGCUGGCUGCAGGGCAGCCGAUUAAUGAGCCAGUGGUUCAGUAUGGGCCUUUUGUGAUGAACACCCAAGCUGAAAUCGAUAGAACUAUUGAGGACUACCAACAUUGCAGAAAUGGGUUUGAAAUGGCCAAGAAUUGGAGAUCUCAAUGAGUUCAAAAGAGUUAAGAGGGGGGAAAAAAAUAAAUAAAAAAGGUGGUGUCUUUAUCACUUGUCUCUAUCUCCAUACAAUCAAGCAGGGGAAAGAAAGAUUUUUCCUGCUUUUAUUGGAGCUAGAGGUUCUAGAAACAUGAAUAUGGUUGUGACUCAGACUGAAGUCAUGAUGAUGGGUCAGCUUAUCCUUGUUAAUCUCUCUUCCGAGAACAUAUAUUUGUAUUAUUUUUAUUUAUUAAACAUUGGUGGCUGUUGAUGAUUUGGAUUUGAUUUUUCUUUCUUAUGAGAUUGUUUGGAUGAGAUCUUUUGUA